CUAUUUGGCGCGUCCUGGUCACAUCGCACUGCAGCUCUAAUCAGAAAUAGAGAAAAGCAUUGUAUUUCGGACGAAGACGAUUGGACAUACGGAUCACGGAGAACGGAUCACGGCAAACGCGAGAAACUGACAAACUGCUCAAGCGGAAUCAAUAGGAAUCUAUAUAUUUGAAAUCGAUUUGGUGAAAACCGAAUAAUGGCCGAAGUGCGUCGCAGGAAGGCCGAGGAUGAGCCACUGGAGGACAAGACGAUCUCCGGAUCCGGCGGAAUCAACAAACGGAAUUCAUCCGCAGCCGAUUCCUCGGACCAUGUGGACUCCGAGGAGGAAAAAAUUCCCGAAGAGAAGUUUGUCGAUGAGCUGGCCAAGAAUCUGCCACAAGGAACCGACAAAACACCCGAGAUAUUGGACUCGGCCCUUAAGGAUUUACCAGAUAGAUGGAAGAAUUGGGUCAUACGCGGGAUUUUCACAUGGAUUAUGAUCUGCGGCUUCGCGCUAAUCAUUUAUGGCGGACCGCUGGCCUUGAUGAUCACGACUUUGUUGGUCCAGGUGAAGUGCUUUCAGGAGAUCAUCUCAAUUGGCUAUCAGGUGUAUCGGAUUCACGGAUUGCCCUGGUUCCGAAGUCUUUCCUGGUAUUUCCUCCUCACCUCCAAUUACUUUUUCUAUGGAGAGAACCUGGUAGAUUACUUUGGCGUUGUUAUAAACCGAGUGGAGUACCUUAAGUUUCUGGUGACCUAUCAUCGCUUCCUUUCCUUCGCCCUUUACAUCAUUGGCUUUGUUUGGUUUGUUCUCUCACUGGUUAAGAAAUAUUACAUCAAGCAAUUCAGUCUGUUUGCUUGGACCCACGUAUCCUUGUUGAUAGUCGUCACCCAGAGCUACCUCAUCAUCCAGAAUAUAUUCGAAGGCCUCAUUUGGUUUAUCGUACCUGUCUCGAUGAUUGUGUGCAAUGAUGUCAUGGCGUAUGUAUUCGGUUUCUUCUUCGGGCGCACUCCCCUCAUCAAGCUAAGCCCCAAGAAGACCUGGGAGGGCUUCAUCGGGGGUGGCUUUGCCACUGUCCUCUUUGGUAUACUGUUUUCUUACGUGCUGUGCAACUACCAGUACUUUAUCUGCCCCAUCCAAUACUCAGAAGAACUGGGCCGCAUGACCAUGUCCUGUGUGCCUAGCUAUCUAUUCACGCCUCAGGAAUACAGCCUCAAGUUGUUUGGUAUUGGAAAGACUAUUAGUCUUUACCCGUACAUCUGGCACUCAAUCUCACUGAGCCUGUUUAGCUCCAUAAUUGGACCUUUUGGUGGCUUCUUUGCCUCCGGAUUUAAGAGAGCUUUUAAAAUUAAGGAUUUUGGCGACAUGAUUCCUGGACAUGGCGGCAUCAUGGAUCGCUUCGAUUGCCAAUUCCUAAUGGCUACCUUCGUCAAUGUCUAUAUAUCUAGCUUCAUUAGAACUCCGUCGCCGGCGAAGCUGCUGACACAGAUUUACAACCUCAAACCCGAUCAACAAUACCAAAUUUAUCAGUCGCUUAAGGAAAACUUAGGGGAUAUACUUACCUAAGCUUGUCAGUUACAAAUUAGAUUCGGACAAAAUGUUUGCUAUAGUCGUACGUUCUAUAUAACGCCGAAAUUUCUAUAUAUACAUUGAUAUAUAUCUGUAAGCAAGCGGCCGAGCACUUUGUGCAGCCACAUAAAAUAAGUUAAUUAUGGGCAUAAUUUUUUGUUAUGUUUUUAGUCCUUAGUUAGAUUUUGUUGCUACAUUUUAAAUCAUUUCCUAAGUUAGUAACUUCAUUUAUUUGCAUUAAGCUAUUCCGAUUGUGUUGGCUUAACUACAUUGUGCAAUCGUAUUAUAAGGCGAUUCCAUUAAUUUUAAUGCCCAAAUGACAGGCGCUAAAUCCAACGCUAGGCAAAGCAAACAGAAUAACUAUGAAUUUAAUAUCGACUUUGUGUGUGUGUGCGUGUUGUUAGUGAAUUUACUUACUAUUACUAUAACUUAGAGAUGAACAGGCAGGCAAUGCCAUAAUCUGGAGAUUAGCAUAAUUAAAACGCAUUUUAGUUAAUUACCUGAAGGACGAGAAGGAAGUUACCGAGAAGACUUCUAUAAUGCUGUAAUUCUAUUUAGUGCAAUACGUAGACAGUAAAAAAAUCGAUUUAACCUA